CAGUAGAUGUGCGCUGGACGACCAAACUACUGGGGGCAUUCCCAGCUCCUGUUCCGGAGGUUCUCAUGCCAUGCGGACAUAGAGAUUACUGAUUAGAGAGAGGGAGAGCUGGUAGAGAGCGGCCUUUUUUAGCUUGCUACUAGUGACGUCACAAUCUCCUCUUCCACUUUUACCUCCUUAAAGUUCCCAGUUGCUUUGUGAAUUGGAGCUGCCGGCCAGCUGGAAGGGAGAGUACUGGAUUACUUGUGGUACCGGGAGACCUAGUUGCAUCUUCAUUUCUAAAAAGGUAGUAGGUAAAUCUGCUAGUGCAAGGAUGGACAAGAAACUUACAACAGUUGAAUUACGAGAACGGCUAGACAGGACACUAUCUUCACCGGAUCUGAUGAAUGAAGAAUCUCUCAGGUCACUUGUCAAAGAUCAGCUGUUACGGUCACCCUUCUGUGGCACUGAAGGGGAUUUUGUGAAUGUUGUGGAGAAGCGAACAGCAGAAGUUCGGAGAUUUCUAGAGAUGCUGACAAGUUCUUCAGUGACUGAAAAAGAUACAUCCAAGGUUAAUAGGGCAUCACAUAAAGAUUGGAAGGUAAAACAAGAUACUGAUAAACUCCGUGUGAUGUACCGUGAAGGCCCAGAUGACACCCCAUUUCACACUUUACUUGCUGAAGGCCAAGUAGAUGGGCCUGCUGAUGUCUGUCUUUGUGUCUCAUGGGAGUCAACCCUUUACAGAAAAUGGUGGCCACAAUAUAACAUUCCACCUUUUAAGAUUGCAUUGUCAUCAUGUCUGCAAAAGGUCCGAAUUGGUGAAGACAUUUCCUUAAUAAGGGUGAAGGUUCCCUGGCCAGUUUCUGAUAGGGAGGCUCUUCUGCACUACUUUGAAAUUGAAUACUUCAAAGAAGAUCUCAUUUUUGUAUUGCUCAAUACGAUUUCCGACGCAGAAGAUAUAGACAUGAGCACUCAUGGGUUCUCUAAAGAUGGAAUUCCUGAAGCAAAAGAUAUCGUGCGGGUAGAUCUAGUGGGGGGCUUUGUUCUUCAAAAAGCCAACUCAAACAAAAGCUAUUUUAGGACAAUAGCAACGAUGGAUAUCAAACUGGAUUUUGUACCUCCCUGGCUGAUUAACUUUAUAUCAAGGCAGCUCAUUGGCAAUGGAUACAAGCUCUAUAACAAGGCGGUUGGUACAGUGGCCACCAGCGAUGAGAGUUACCGUCUAGCCCUGGAAGGCCCAAUGUAUGCUCGGAUUCGUGAUGCCCUGGUGAAGAAUAAAAAUCAUGGGUCACCUUUGACGGGAGUUGGUUAUGAUGAAGCUAUCCAUCCCCCUGGAGAAAAUACUGACCCCCCUGGAGAAAACAAAGGUGAAACCUUGAAUUCAGUUGCCCCAGUCUCAGAUACUACAUUUGUCAGUGAGAUUGUGGAGGAGGAAACUGGAGAAACACCAUCUUUCAAGGGGAAUCAAAUUCCUUGUGGCCCUCUUGCCGACCUGAUUACGGAAAAGCACCCCGUAAACAGAGAAAGAGCUUUGAUCAGUCCAGAGGUGGAGAUUGCUCUGCAUGUAGUAGACAAAGCCAUUGCUAUUGUACGAAACCGUGGUUCAUAUGACAAGCACAGCAAUGCCUUCUUAUCUUCUGAGCUUAACCAUCCAACUCCAGAAACACAGGCAGAGGUCAGAUAUAAUAGUGCUUAUGAUCCAUUGCCAGCAGUAAGUUCCACAGAUGGGCAUCCCAAGGCAUCUGGGAGCAGAGUUGAGGAUUUAAGGGAUGACUGUUUGGGUUCUGCUUCGAUACGAGUUAAUGGUGGACAACAAUUAUCAUCACUGGAAGAUGGUUACAAACUGGAGGAUGGUGAGUCUAGAAUAUCAACCCAUGAAAAAAAGUCUGUAGAAGGUAUGAUAAUUGGUAGACAACCACCAUUCUUGGAUAGCAUGAGCAAGAUAUGUGAUGAACGCAGUCUCAAAGCCAAUGGCUCCCACAAUGCUGCUCCUUUUGUUGGUGGCAAGCCCAAGAAAGGUGGAACCAGAAUGAAGAGUAUAUGUUGCUUUAGCAUGCAACGCUCCUGAUGUUGAGGUCAUAUAUGGAAAAAUACAGAAUUUUGCUUCUGAUUUAUAAAAUGGUUGCACUGUGUGAAAAAAAAAAAAGA